CACAAUCAAUACAAAUAUAAACUCAAAUCAUGAAGCACCCUCGUUAGCACCUUGUCUCUGUUUGCAUGAGUUGUCACUUUUUUACAUCAAAUGAUUACAUGUCACUUUAUUGUAAUCGGCAUCAAUAUCUUAAUGUCUAAUAAUAUUUUGGUAACACUUUAUUUUACGGUGCCCUUGUUACACAUGUUGCAUGUAUUUACUAUAGUAUUUACUAUAAAUUAUGCAUAAUAACAUUUAAUUAACCCUAACCCUAAAGCAAACCCAAACCCUAUAGCAAGUACAUGUAGUUAAUUUUUAUUACUCAGUACUUAAAUGUAUAAUUGCACUGUAACACGGGCACUGUACAAUAAAGUGUAACCAAUAUUUUUUUUGAACAGUGACACUGAUUUGUGAAGGUUAAUGAGUUGCAGUUAAGCACUGAUGAGAUAAAAGAUUGUACAGCUAUAUGUUUGUUGUUUUACUCUUUGGUGGCAUUAUUAGUUCUGGCUUUGUGUCAGUUUUUUUCAUCUGUUUAUGAAUUUGUUGAGGUCCCAAAUCUUAAAAUAUACACAAAAGUUGUUCUGAAGCGAUAUGUAGAAAUGUUACUGCCCUUACAUGCCUCAUGUGCUGCUCUCACUUUUAAGUAAAUCUUAGUAGUAAGUAAAUUUAAAACAAUUGUCAUUCUUUUAGUAGUCUUUUGCAGUUGUAACAACAGGCCUGUCUACAGUUUUUAUAUUUUGCAACUAUUUUCACAAACAUAUAUAUUUUUUCAAAUUGUUUACCAAUAUCACAAAAGAUGAUUAAAAAUGCAUUUAUUUCCUGUUUAAUUCUUGAGUCAUAUUCUAAAAAAUGUAUAUCUCUGAUUUCAUUUCUGUCUAUAAUUUUUCUACCAUUAUUGAUUUCUCAUGUUUGGCAUUGCAAGGCAACGUUUAUUUAUAUAGCGUGUUUCAUACACAAAGGUAAUUCAAAGUGCUUUACAUAGAAAUGAUUCACAAAGAAAAGGGAUACUUAAUGAAUGAGUUCUUUAGAAAGUAAAUGAUUUAAAAUCACAAGUACUUAAGAAUGUAUAAUAAUAAUAAAAAGAAAACUCCUGCAUGUCCUCUUCAUGUCUGGGCCUCCUUUAAGUAUGUUUGUGUGUUUGUGUGUGAGAGAGAGUGUUUGAGAGUGUGUGUAAGUGAAUUUUCGUUUCUGCCCCUGCUGUAAAAGAUUUAAUAACUAUAAAGAUAACUACAAAUCAUUUUAAGAGUUAGCAAAUAUUUUUAUGGAUGAAUAAAAACAAUCUUUUACAUAAUCAUCUUUCAUGUGUUGUGUCAUUUAUGUUUUAUAUGUGUUUUUUAUUAUUUAAAUAUAUUGUUCUACUUAACAGUUUCUGGAAAGCCGCUUUGUUACAUGUUCUAUUGCAAAAAGUACAAAACAAAUAAAACAUAAUUCAUUAUUUCAUCUGAAACACGGUCUUUACUGAUACUGUCAUCUUAAUGAAAUACACAACUCCUCUAAUACGUCUUUAUAUUUGAACUAACAAUGUUUAACAUCUUUGUAGUCACAGCAUGGGACACAUCAAUGUCUUCCCAAUGUGAUCAUUUCUGUCGAUAGUUGUGGGACAAAUGUGUACAUUUCUGUAACGUUUAAAGCAGCUUCAACUGAAGAAAAAGCACUCCACUGUACAACAUACGGUUAUGACAGAAAAUGACAGUCAACUCUCAGAUUUUAUGUCUGCCGGGGUUGACUUGUUAGGUGGAGUUCACAGUACAGGUACACACAAAACUCUUCACAUUUGCAAUAGAUUUUUUGCAUAUUGAGAAUUAUUCUAAUGAUGUUUUAUGAUUUUUAUUACAUAUUUAUUUGCUUUCAUACACACAAAAUCUGCAUGACAGAGUUGAAAAAGAAUCAACCGAGGUUACAACAGAUCAAAUACUAAUUAUUGUUUAAACAACAACCUUCCUUGUUCCUCUUCUAAAGAAUCUGUGACUCUUAAUGAAAUGACAAGGAAGGAAAGUUAAAACCUUCUGUGUGAGUUUAUACUUGCCAACAGCACCACACCUAAUGAUGAUGUAAAGAUUGUCUUGAUUCGUUCACUUUCAGAACUCUAUAAAGUGUCUCAUGUUCAGUCGGGGUGAUUUGUAUCAUUAUUUUUGAUUUCAUCGCUGUUGAGCUUCCAGGAUUCUACAGGAACAGUGAGUUUAUUGAUUUCCCUGUACAUCAUUUUAUUAUAACUGACAUCAGGCAGGACAAUUUCAAGUCUAUAUGUCAUUAUAAAUUACAACAUUUAUAUAAAUAAAGCUUCCUGGCUUUUUUCAAAGCAUUGAUGUCAAUACUAAAUGGUGUUUUUUGGCAUUCGCUAUUACAGAACUAAAACUGUGAGGUGGGUUGCCUUUAUGUUUAAAGUAUAAAAUGCUUUCAAAAUUCACAAUAGUUUAUGUGGUGAGACACAAGAAAAUCUUUUCAAUAGUGUUAAACCACAAUACAUUCUUAGUUUUACUUUUAAUCCAAUACAGUUUUUCUAAAAACAGAGUAAAUCUGGAGAAAUAAUUUUCAGAUCUAUAAACUGAUAACUUGAAUGGCCAUUUAUUAUAUAUUGAAAAGGUCGACUUGAUAAUAGUUUAAAUAAUUUCGUGAAGAUUUCAUAUCAUCAAAUCACAAUGCUCAAUGUCUUGCUACAUUUCUUAAGGUUUUCUCUUGUAUGUCAUUUUAUUAAUAUUUUCAUUGUGCACAUUUAUUCAUAUGUACUGUGUAUACAAUGUAAAUCUGUGUGUAAUUUCUAUGUUUAGCUGCACCACUGCAUCCAUGUUGCCUGCAGGGGAUUUGAGUAAAGAUGGAAGUUUCCAUUAAUAAUGUAGACUUUUUUCCUCUUUGGUCUGUUGUAUUUACUUUGAAAACAUUAUUUGAGGAUUCUGAUUUGAUGUUUUCUUUAAAAAUCAUAUUAACCUUGUAGGUAUGUAAUAAUUUUCGUUGUAAGGGAGAGAGUCUUUUCUGUUGAAUUCAUUAAAUUCUGCUAAAAUAUAAAAAAUAAUGUUUUUUUAGGUUAGAAUUGUUCCUUACAUUUAAAUACUUUGUUAUAACAGCUCUUUCUACGGUUUGAUACACAACUGACUGUUUACUGUUUUCUAGAUGAGUGCAUCUAAACUCCAGGAGAGGUAAAUCCAGCACAGACAGUCAGAAAACAUCCAGAUCACAUAAAAGUCAUUAACUAUAGAAUUAAAACCCAAAAGUAAUCCUUUGAGAAUAAUUAAAAUGAGAAUUAAAUGCAAACUAAAGCAUAUUCAAUUCUAGAAUAUUUUAUAUGCAAAUGUGUCAAACACAAAUGUGUGUGUGUGGUUCCUGCAGCAGUGAGGUGAGAAUCGCACAUUCACUGAACACACAGGAGAAGGAGUUUAUAGCCCGAAGAGAACAAACCGUUCAACAAAGCCUGAAGAAUCUUGGGAUACAAUGUCCGGCGAAAGUGCCAAAGAUCGCACUGUUGGGUUCUGGAGGAGGAGAACGAGCCAUGCUGGGUUUACUGGGAUCUCUGGAUGGAUUUAAAGAGACCAGUCUUCUGGACUGUGUUCUCUAUCUGUGCGGAGUCUCUGGAUCCACUUGGUGUAUGGCGUCUUUAUAUCAGGACUCAGACUGGUCCACCAAACUGGACUCAGUGAAAGAGAAGAUCAUCCACAGACUCAAAGGUCCUGCUGUGAGCUGGAGUGAAACGUUUUCCAAACUGAAGAAAUAUUACUAUGAGAAAGAUAUCUUCAGUUUAACUGAUGUUUGGGCGGUGCUGAUCGUCACUUCAUUUGUGAAAGAGAUAGAUGAAUGCACAAUUUCAGAGAAGCGGGGACACAAUGAUAAAGACCCAUUUCCUAUUUUCACAGUGAUUGACAAGGAAUGCAAACAGCGUCAGAAAGGAGACCCCUGGGUUGAGAUAACACCUUAUGAAGCCGGUUAUUCUCUCACUGGAGCGUUUGUGGACGUCUCCAGAUUUGGCAGUCAGUUUCACGAAGGCUCGAAGAAAAAGGACCAGCCUGAGAUGGACAUGCUCUACCUGCAGGCUCUGUGUGGCAGUGCUCUGGCAGAUGAACAAAACAUGUGGGAAGCGAUAAAAGAUUUCUUCAAAAACUUGUUUCACAGAAAAGAAGAGAUUUUGGGGGAAAUGUAUAACGAGACCACCUCUUCAUCUAUAGACGAUGCCUGUCAGAUUCUCAUGGAUCUUGUGGAAAUGAAUCUCUUGGCGUUGAAAGGCCUAGACACUUCUGAUCUCGAUAAAACCAUCAGAACGAAGCUGUUCGUAAAGCCGGAUAAGACAGAAGCUAAACUGUAUAUGAAGCAGUUCACCCUGGAUGUGUGUGACAAUAUGAGGGUCAGCUUGAGUUUCUGGCCAUUUGAUGUUUGUUACACCAUCUGUAAGCUCAUGGCUCAAUGGAUCUGGGGAAGAAAAUACAAUUUUCUCGACAAUAUGAAAGAUGUAAGACUGCCUUCCAUUCUUGUGGAAAGUGAAACGAGAGACUAUGAAGAUGCCGGCCUGUUGCUCAACUCACCCUACAUCUCAGUGCUGAGACAAGAGAGAGACAUUGACCUCAUCAUUUCUCUGGAUUUCAGCGACGGAGAUCCUUUCAUGACAGUGAAGAGCAUUGCUAAGAUAUGCAAGAAUCAAAACAUCCCUUUUCCUGAAGUCAUCGUACCCAGUGAGGACAUUAUAAUGCCGAAGGACUUCUAUGUGUUUGAAGGAUAUAAGAAAGCACCAACCGUGAUACACAUCCCUCUCUUCAACACAGUGAACUGUGGAGAUGAAGUUGAGGAGUGGAGAAAGAAAUAUUCCACCUUUCAACUUUCCUACAGGGCUGAUAUGAUCGAUCCUCUUCUGAAAGUUGCUGGCAAAAACAUCACAAACAACAAAGUGAAACUGGUGGAAGAGAUUCGAAAGAUCGUUAAGCUGACUGCAUGCAAGCGUUAACAAAUACAUUUAAUACACGACUGAUGACAGUCUGAAUCUGAAUACACAUCAGACAUUUUAGAAUCAUUUUCCAACUAAAGACAGUGAACUUGUGAAAUUAAGUAACAUGAACAUAUUUACAUUUAGUUAAGUUCACUUAAAAGAACACACAGAACUGAAUAAGUUUUUAGAACUGAUAUGCUAUUUUAACUCCAUUGAUUUAAACUAUAGCAAUUCAUUUUAUCAAGUAGCUUACACUCAGAAAUGAAUUGUUCAAUUUACAAUUUAACUUAACACAAUUGAUUGAGAGGGAUUUCCAGUUCCCAUCAUGCUGUGCAUAAGGCUGCAUUUAGGCAGUACAUUUUGAAAUGUAGUGUUAUUUUAUGUGUUUUUAUUAAAGAUAAAGACUUGUU